CCAGAGGUUCGUCUUAACAAAGAACCAGCAUUUGGGGAAAGGCAGAGGGCCUUCAAGUUCCUUGUGGGCGGGACUUCCGCGGACUGGGGGCGGUGCCGAAGGACCUGGGCGGGGAGGGUUGGCGUCCCGGGGCGGACGUUUCCGAGGCGCUUUGCGAGGGCCCAGGCUUCCGGAAGUGGGUCCCGCACUGUCCCCCGGAAGCCUCUGCGCACUCCGGGCGGGCCCUGGCGCUGCGCCGGUCAUCGCUGCCGCUCCGGACCAAACCCCGGAGCACACCAGUCAAAGCCAGAGCGGCGGCGGUCUGGCGGCCGGCACGCAGCGGGAGUCGCGGCUCAGGCCCGGCCUUCAAGUCAUCCCGGAUCCUCCGCCAGCACAUCCCCAGCCAUCGGGAAGGCCCUGGGGUCCCGCGGCGCCGGUCCUGUCGCUCUCCCACCUCUCGAGCCUCAGAACUGGAGACCUGGAGAACUGGAGACGUGCCAAGGACGAGAUACACUACAAAGAGAAGCCCGGCGACGGAGGAUUGUUUUGAACCGGAGUCAAAAGGAUCUCCUCGAAGCAUGCUUUAAGUGGAACCCUUACCCUGGUAUAGCUACCAGGGAACAGCUAGCCAAAGAUACUGGUAUCCCGGAGCCUAGAAUUCAGGUUUGGUUUCAAAACCACAGAACGAGACAAUUAAAGGCCCAGCGACUGAAGUCUAGAAGGUCCGUAGGAGAGCAAACCCAGGUUCAGGAUCAGCCUUUGCUAAAGACUCAAGAAUAUUUAGGGGCAGGACACAGAAGAAACCGGUUAUACCUGACAAGAUCUCAAAUCAGUGUCCUAGUUCAAGCCUUUGAGAAGAACCAGUUCCCUGGUAUUGCUACUAGGGAAGAACUGGCUAAAGAAACAGGCAUUCCAGAAUCAAGAAUUCAGAUAUGGUUUCAGAACCGAAGAGCACGGCACCAGAAGCGGAGCAAAGGGGCACCUGUGAAUUCCUUGGCAGAUGCCCCAGAUGUGAGGAAAGAGCUGACUGUUCAGCAGCACCAAAAUGACCCUUCUACUGUCCCAAGCAGGUCCCAUGAUAUUCCUCCCUCUAAUUCUUUCAUUAUCAACCAAAAUUCUUGUCUUAUACUCUACACAUCCUUUGUUCCUUGGGAUCCCUUUGCGGGUCAUGCAAACCAGGCACCAACUAUCUUGGUGGUCCAGCCCACCCAGACUGUGCAGGGGUUGGAGAACCCUCACCCACCUCUGACACCAGUGAAUCAGCUGCCAACAGUACUGCCUCCAGAAAGGGAGUUCUUAGAUACUGAGACUCCUUUAUGUCCACAGGACCAAGGAAAAUGCCAGGAUCGCAGUGAGCCCAUUGAACCCAUUGACCUGGAAGUACUAGAGUCAAAGAAUUAUUUGCAGUUUAAACUUGAUAGUAAAAAGCAGUGGAAGGAUCUAAGUCAUCAAGACAUAACUUUCUUUAUUGAAUGGUGGGAUGAGUGCUGCCAAGCUCUGAUUGCAGAAUGGGAGCCUCCUGAAGGGACACUCUGAUAUCCAGGACUCACUUGAGAGACCUGUGGCAGCGUUUGGCACAGUUAACCGACCAGCUGCACCGGCAAUAUCUAGAAGCAUCAAGCCUUUAAAUCAGCAUCUGCCAACCACAGACUGACAGUAAGAGGUACAACCUUUUCUGAAUUUGGAUCUCCAGGAGCAGGACUCCAGCACCCAAACCACCCUUCAGCAAGGAAGAUUUUCCAGCUCUGCUCCACAUGCUGUGAAGCUCACCAGGGCCUCAGCUUCAAGAGGAGGAAGAUGGCAUUCUCACCACCCUAGCCCAGGCCUCUUUUCCUUUGAUGCAGAAUCAGUGGAAUUUAAAGGAUGGUGAACAAACAAGUUGUUCUGAAGCAAGACUAAUUGCACAAGGAAGGACAAACCACUUAGAAUUCAAGAUGCAGAUUUAUACCCUGGCCCUAGGUGGCGCUUACCUUCUCUGUUCACUUCAUUGAGUAAAUGCCUGUCCUGAAGCUGCACACUACCUCUGGAGGCUCUGGAGGCUCCAUGGGCACCAGGCAGUGGACAUGGUUGCUGAAUCCUUGAUAAACAAAAGUAUUUUCAUGACAAACAUGACCUCCUCCCUUUAACCAUCAUUUCUUUGGCAGUGUGGGUAAUCCAUGAACUGUAAAUGAACUCAUGGUAAAAGAAAAGGUCUACCUGCACUUCUUUCCAUUCUGGCCACAGGAAAGUCAAACUUGAAAUGGGGUUGAUGUGUGGAAAAUGAGGGUGUGCUAUAUUUCCUUAUGAUGUACAUUCAUAAAAAUUGAAUUUUUCCUUAGAGUGAGGGUUGGAAUUGGGAACUGGAAACUACCUCAGUAUCCAGCAAUAAGAGAAAGAUUAAACAUAGUAUGACGUAUAAUAUUUUUUCCUUUGCCCAUUUAAAACAUACAGAAAAUUGCAAGGAAAAUUACAAUAGUAACAUCAUAUAAUCCCAGAAUAGUCUAUUGAUGUUACUAUUUCCCAUUUUUAGGUUUUUCAGGUGUUUUUGCCUGUAUAUUUAUCUAUACCCUUCCCAAUUUUAUAAAAAAUUAUACCUAAAAAUUCUAGUUUGUCACCCUUAUACUCAGUUUACUCCUUGGUUUUCAGUUGUAAAAAUACAACAUGGUGUAGCAGGCUGUAUGGCAUUUAUAUUGGUGUAAUAAAAAUAUCUUUGAAAAAUA